AUGCGUGGCCUAGCUGCCCCGCUUGAGUGUGAACGUGAACAGGAUCCUGCUGAUCACCUCAGGCGGCCACUGUUCCACAGCCCUUCGAUGCGAGGAGCUGCAUGCUCGCAGAAGGAGGCUUCUGUUGCUAGCCGCGACCAAUUCGUUGGCGCUUUGCACGUGGAGGAGACUAUGGUCGAGGAUUUCCAGCGCUUUAUCAGCGUUCUGAGACGCAACGGUUUCCACGAGGUUGAGCACCUCCUCACAUCGAAGCAGGCUCAAGGUUUCCCAGGUGGGCCACCGACGGAACUGACGGAACUAGUUGUUGACGGGCACAGUUUGUGGAACACUUGUGCCGAGGUGUUGCAGGCGUAUGAGAAUCGUGGUGGGCGUUUGCAGCAAGCUCUGCUUGGUGAGAGAACUGAGGACAGACGCAAGCGCGACGGUCGAGUUCAUAGUUUGCUCCAGGAGAACUCCAAGCUGCAGGAGGAGCUACAUGCGGUGAAGAGGUCACAAAGAACAUGCAGGAGUGCAGAGACGAGCUUCGGGUCCUCUCCGGCCCUGAGUUCCAGCCCAUGCCCAGGAAGGUCACCUUCACAGGCCUCAAACGAUCGGCAGCUUCAGGAGAUGGCGGCACGCGUCCAGAAGGCCGAGACUGCCGCGCGGCAACGUGAACGGGACAUCGAAAGAAUGAAGGGUCGCCUGGAGCAAGCCUUGGCAGAAGCGACCAAGCGCAAGGAGCGUGAGCGGUCUGCCCUGACAAAGUUCUCAAAGAAGGCCGGCCGCGAUGAUGCAGUGGAGGCAGUCAUAGCUCAUAAGGCGGCUGCGGAAGCUGCACAGGCUGAAGCAUCUUCGCUUAGGAAGCAGGUCCAUGUGCUUAGCUUUCAGCUCGAAGAGGCAGAAGACAAGCUUCGACGCAUGGAGGCUGUGGCAGAGCGUACGGUAUCUCGAUUGGUUGAGGAUGCUCCAGAGAAGAGCACAGGUGAUGCUGAAGCGCUAGCCGACGAACGCGAACGAAGAGCAGGCCUCGAGGAGCAACUGAAGGCAAGCCACCUGAUGUACUCCCAGCAGAUCAGCCAGCUCUCGGCUUCAUACCGACAAGCUGAGGACCAAGUGGUUCGGCUGAAAAGUGAACUACAGGACAGAGCUAGGGAGCCCAAGCGUUUGGACAGAAAGCUUCAGCAAGAGGUUCUGAAGCUUCGUGAAGAGCUGGCCGAGGUGCGCAAAGCUUGGAAGACUACAGAUACGCGGAGCCUCAUUCAACGAGAUAAGGAGCUUCGUCGUCUGGGUUUAGAUGCAAGUAGUUUGGAGGAUCACAUGCCAAAGUCCGACAUGGCAGCGAUAUUGGUUGAGCUUUGCAGGCUUGUGGAGGUUCGAAGCACAGCAGACGUUGUUGCAGAGGUGGGUCAGUUGGUUCGUCGCUGCAGGUCGUUGGAGGAUGCUGCAGCUGAUGCACGCACGCAAGCACGCAUGGAGCUAGCCGAGGGCGCGCUGCAGGCUCUGCAGGAGGGCUGGGGUCCCGUGAAACUUCGUGAGGCUCCUGGAAGGCUCGGAGAUGUUCUCGCAUUGGCCAAGAGGCAGCAAGCAGCUGCCAAGGAACUGGCCGCUUGCCUGCAGCUGCCUGAAAACGCCUCCAUCGAGCAAGCAACUCAAAAGACAAAAGAAGCAAUCCAGAGGCAGCGUGAGAACCGGGAGGCCUUGCAUGAGGUGGCUCGUGCUUUGCGGCUCCCUGAAGAUAGCUCCGCUGCACAAUUGUCUGAGAAGAUUGCGGAAGUAACAGAAGCGCACCGUGAAAGCGAGAAGGCUUGCAAGGCCAUCGCUGCUCACCUUCAGCUCCCGAACAGUGCUUCGCUCACGCAAAUCAUUGCAAGCUCCCAGAGUCUAGAAGCAUCGCAGCGUGAGAACCGGGAGGCCUUGCAUGAGGUGGCUCGUGCUUUGCGGCUCCCUGAAGAUAGCUCCGCUGCACAAUUGUCUGAGAAGAUUGCGGAAGUAACAGAAGCGCACCGUGAAAGCGAGAAGGUCUGGAAGGAAGUUUCCGAAGAUCUGAAGCUGCCACCAGGCGCAGAUCAACCCCAGAGGGUCGGAAGAAUCCUUGAGCUGAGUCUUGCGCAACGAAACAAUGAGCAGGUCUGGAAUGAAGUUGCCAGUGGACUGCGGCUUUCUGACAGAGCGUCUGUUGGCCAAUGCUUAGACAAGAUCACGGAGAUGGUGGAAACAAAUUCCGAACAGGUCGCAUUGUUGAAUCUGCUGUCGUCUACAAUGCGAUGCUCCAAAGUUGAACUUCACGCGUGCGCGGAGACGUUGGUUCACAGGUGUGACGAGCACGUUGCCGCCCACAGGAUUGUGGAUGCCCUUCAGGGAUUGCUGAGCGUCGACAGCGUUGCAGAGGUUUUGCCAGCGUUGAAGGAGGUCCUGGAUGUGGGGAGCCUGCGGCAGAAGGUAAUGAGAGCAGCAGCCGCUUCGCUGUACUCAGCCAAACUCAUCCAGGUCCUGGCCGGCGGCGGUUAUCUGGCUUCCAAUUCAGUGUACACAGUGGAUGCUGGCCACAUGUCUUUGAAGUACAGCAGACUUUCCGGCGUCGGAAACUCCACGUACAGGGAGGGCGUGCACUUCAUGAUUCCGUGGCUGGAGCGGGCCAUCAUCUUUGAUGUGCGAGCUAGACCGCACACCAUGACGUCACUCACAGGAAGCCGUGACUUGCAAAUGGUCAACAUUUCUCUCAGGGCUCUGUGUAAGCCGGACAUCGCCAAGCUGCCAGACAUCUACAGGAACCUUGGCUUGGACUUUGAUGAGAAGGUGUUGCCGUCCAUCAUCAACGAGGUGUUGAAGAGCGUCGUGGCGCAAUACAAUGCCUCGCAGCUCAUCACGCAGCGAGAGCUCGUUAGCCGAAUGAUCAGACAAAGGCUCAUUCAGAGGGCUUCCGACUUCGGCAUUCUCCUGGAUGACGUUGCUAUCACCCACUUGAACUUCAGCCCAGAGUACGAGAAGGCUGUGGAGCAGAAACAGGUAGCACAACAGCAGGCUGAACGUGCUCGGUACCUGGUGUUGAAGGCCCAGGAGGAGAAGAAGCGAACCAUCAUUCACGCCGAGGGCGAAAAAGAGUCUGCUAGGAUGAUUGGAGAUGCCAUCAAGGCCAAUCCAGGCUUCGUCGAGCUCAGAAAGAUUGCUGUCGCCAAAGAUAUCUCCAACUUGCUUUCCAAGUCUGCCAACCGUAUGGUGCUCUCCACAGAGUCGCUUCUGAUGAGCCUCAGCGAUGACAGCGACGGGAAGGCUCCGACCAAAAGGAAGUGA